AUGGAUAACGUAAAUCUUCUUUCCAACAACACAACUGUAAACGUGCAUCAGACAAAUGAAAAGCAACAAGAAAAGACGGUACCUGUAGCAGUUUCUCUCCUGAUUUUGAUUGCCCUUCUAGGAUCCGCCGCAAAUCUUCUUGUUUUAAGAGAAAUAUUAAAACUGAAGACAAGAAAGCUCCAUGAGUAUCUAAUACUGAACUUGGCGACCACCGACGCGGGGACGUGCCUAAUAAGCAUUCCUCUUGAUAUUGGAGAGCAGUUGACUGGCGAGUUUCCUUACGGAGCCGUUCUUUGCCACAUCAUUUAUCCAUUUCAAUCCGUACUUGUUUAUGUCUCCGUCAUGACCCUGUUAUUUAUGUGUGUAGAGCGUUACAGACUGAUAGUCACACCACUGAAGCCAAGAAUACGAGUUAAAACUGGUUUGACUGUCAUAACUGCUAUAUGGUUUUUAUCCUGCCUUAUGGUGCUACCUCUAUCGCUUGUUCUGAAGUUGAAAGGAUCUUCAUGUAGUGAAGAAUGGCCAAACGCUUAUAUUGUCAAGAUGUUCACUGUCAUCAUUUUCAUCCUUCUUUACUUAAUACCUGUGAGUAUCAUGGCUUUACUCUACACUUGCACGGUUUGCGUGCUUCAAAAAGAUACGAGGUCCUUAAAGGUAAAACGACAAAGAGGAACGAGAACAUUCUCACAGGAAUCCAUCGAUGACAGAUUGGAGAGAAACUACACAGUUGUAAAAGCAUUCGUGAUAUCUGUUCUUGUGUUUGCAAUCUGCAUGUUACCAACACAUGUUACUUGGCUAUGGCACGAUUUUGGCAACGGCUCCGAGAAUCCUUACGGCUUAUUUAACAAAGUGGCAACGUUUAGUAACAUACUCACUUACACAAAUUCUCUUGUUAACCCCUUUAUUUUUGGCUCAAUCAUGAUUAAUUUUGAGAGAUUUGUAAACAUUUUUAAAAAUUUCAUUUGCUGCCGUUGUUUGAGAAGAGCGAACAAUUUUUAUGAAAUUCAAGUUCUCCAACUUCGGUCCCCUUCGAUGUCAUCGCAGCUCGCAAAUAGAUCAUUCUUCCUUUCUUUGUCUAAACCAUCAGAUAUCUCCAGUUUUGAGAUCAAUGAAGUUGUCAAAGCUACAAAAAUUACUACUAAGGACCACAACUCAUUUGCCACGAUAUUCCCUUGA